AAUAAAAACCAGGGACCAUCUCGUCAUAUGCAACUUAUAGAAGUAGGAAGAAAAGAAUGAUCUUCGUUCUCGUUUUGUAGUGAAAUGUAUUUUGGUGAGAGCUAGUUGUACUUGAGGUUAGGAUAUAAUAUUAAUAGGAUUUCCAAUUUAAUAAGGUGGCAAAUAGUUUCAUCCUUAUUUAAAGUGGAGUUUUCCAGGCAUUAUUGUUAUUCAUUCUUCCUCAAACUUAGCUAGUAUAAGUAUUUUGUAGUUUCGUUUGUGAAACUUUACAAUGUCUACCCCAGCUCGAAGACGAUUGAUGCGAGAUUUUAAAAGGCUUCAAGAGGAUCCUCCAACAGGGGUUAGUGGAGCACCUACUGAUAACAAUAUUAUGAUAUGGAAUGCUGUGAUUUUUGGACCUCAUGACACGCCAUUUGAAGAUGGCACUUUCAAGCUUACAAUUGAAUUCACGGAAGAAUAUCCAAACAAACCUCCAACAGUGAGAUUUGUGUCGAAAAUGUUCCAUCCCAACGUAUACGCUGACGGCGGCAUUUGCUUAGAUAUUCUACAAAACAGAUGGAGUCCCACAUACGAUGUAUCAGCCAUUCUCACUUCUAUACAGUCGCUUCUGAGUGACCCGAACCCAAACUCGCCUGCAAAUUCGAUGGCAGCUCAAUUAUAUAAAGAAAAUAGACGGGAGUACGAGAAACGAGUGAAAGCCUGCGUCGAACAGAGUUUUGUCGAUUAAUAUUGUGAACAGUUUCUCGAAUAUUAUCUAAUACUGUUUGAAAUCUAACUGAGAGGACUCAUAGUGAAAUAGGCUCAUGACUUAACUGACGUGUGUUUGAUUAUAUUUUUAAUUACAUUGAUCAAUAAGAUUCUCUCUUGUGUUGUGGCUGAAAACCAAUGAAAACCGAGUGUUUCGAGAAAUUUAAUUUCUAUUUUAAUUUUAUAAAUUUAUACAGAUAGUAAAAUUAUGAAUAUUGAUAGAACUCACGGGUUGGAAAUAAUUAUCGAUGAAUGAUAGCUUAGUGUAUCCUAGUAAUAAUGUUCAAAAUUCGCCUUUAUGAUGAUGACUAGUGUGCAGAGAUUAUACCAAUUAGUCCCUAAUGUAGAAUAUCAAUUUUAUAUGUCACAUUUUCUUGUUGAAAAUUCUGUAAGUUUCGCCUUUCAAUACAGUUGAUAUUUUGAAGUCAUUUUAUUUUUCUUGAUUCAAAUUCUGAUCUCAAUCAUUUUCAAAUUUGUUUGUGAUAAAUACUACUCCAUAAAGCCACUGCAAAUCGCAUGACGGCCACGGGAGCGGGACAAUUUUCAAGCAUUUUUAAAUGGUUGAAAUCGUCGCCGUCGUCGUCAUGCGAUUCGCAUUGGUGUGUGCAAGGUUUAGUACGUUCUUAAAAGUAUUCCAUGAAAUUCUGUUUACUCAGGCAUUUUAAUUUAUGUGAUUCAGAAAUAUGAAACGAAUCAGGAUAAUUGUUUGAAUCAAUUACUUGUUUCUGUACAGCUCUAGACAGUCAUGAGCCUGUCCAAUCAAACCACAUGAGAUUAUUCAUCGUACACUACCUUGAACUAUUUGUCACAUUAUUAAAAUCAAUCUUAUGUAUUCUAAGUUUUGUAUUAUAAAGUUUGUAGGUGUAAGUAAAAAAAUGAGGUAAAGUAGGUUCGAAAUACAUAUUGUAUUUUGUUCUGUAAUAAACUAUCAUGUAAAUUCAAUACUGUAUUGUUUGAAAAUGUCCUUUUUCGACCAUAUUAGAAAUGGAUUAUCAUAAAGAAUAGUUUAAGAAUGUAAACCUCUACGGUUUUACUGAUAGUUCAAGGCUUUACCAAUCCAAUUUGAAAUUAUAAUAAGAAUCAUCAAUUGCGGAAAAAUAUUUAGGAUAAAGACGGAUUAUUUAGUAGCUUCAAAGAAGUUCUUCAGUUUUAUUGAAUAAGAAUUAUAGAAAAAUUCGUUCGAUUGAAAUCAUUGUAUUCAUACUACAUCAUGUCAUAAUUGAGUUCUGAAUCCCUUGGUAAGUGAACUUCCAAUAAUUAAAUCAUAUAUUAAAAAUAAUCAAUCUUCUUCACUUUGGAUGUAUAGAUUUGAACAUUUUCAAAUUCUAGUUUUCUUAUUACAUUGAAAAAGUUGUAGAUGAACUUUCAACACUUUCAAUGAUACUUGAUUAAAAACCAGUGAUAUGGAAAAGAUAAAUACUUUCUUUCCCCUAAGAAAUAAAUUUCAUUUUACAAGCAAUGAUUGAACUAAUGCACCCCGAUUGUGUUGUAUGUUGUCCCAUCGUUCCAUGUCUAGUUUUAAGCAGGCUGUACGGUCAUAAUAGUUUGUGAUACAUAAUCGAGUGGAUAAUGAUCAAUACUGUAAAUUGAAAUACUGAAACCAUGUCCUUACUGUAAAGCUUUAUGUGAUUUCUGUAUUUAAUUACUAAUAAGCCAAAAACACUGUCUUUGCAAAAGUUCCACUGAUUAAUUGGCCUUGUUAUUAAUUGAAUAAAGUAACAUAAUCUUA